UGGGAAAUGAACAAACCUGGAAAACAGAGAAAGGAAAACAGUUUUGUAAUUCUGAAGAAGAGUAAGGUUACGUUGAAGAAAAGCUGGCAGUAUCUUCACUUCACUCUCUUUAAGCUUCAAAGGGGCCAAUCUCCACCUCCAACUUCUCUGACCGAAAAAGAAAAGAUGGAGGAGAGAAGAAUUCACAUUUCAAUCAUCACAUUCUUCUUCCUCUUCUGUCUCCUUCUCUCUUUUUCUGGUUCUGUUCAAGCUUACAAGAAUUACACUGUUGGUGAUUCUUUGGGUUGGUAUGAUAAACUUCAAAAUCCCAAAGUGGAUUACCAGAAAUGGGUUGCGGGCAAGAACUUCAGCUUGGGAGAUUUCCUCAUUUUCAACACUGAUAGUAAUCACUCCAUUGUCCAAACAUAUAAUGUCACAACAUACAAGCAAUGUGAUUACUAUGAUGCUGAAUUAGAUGAUACCACAGAAUGGUCAGCUGCAGAUCCAAAUGCAACCAACCCCCAACCAGUCACAGUAGCUAUUCCUCUUGUUAAAGAAGGAAUGACAUACUUUUUUUCCGGCGAUUACGACGGCGAGCAAUGUGAUAAUGGUCAACAUUUCAAGAUUAAUGUGACCCAUGGCCAAGGAUUGCCACCAAGUCUCAAGAACCCAUCAAUGGAUUCACCAGGUCCAGCAAGCCCUGAUAUGAACAAUGCAGAUUCAGCACCAGAUACAGUUGUACCUUCAAAUUUUAAUAAUCCCAAUGAGGAAGGGGGUAGUGAUGUUAAGCAGGAAUCAGGAUCUGUUUCCUUAUCAAUGUUUCUAAGGCAAGUCGGUUGGAGAUUGAAUGGGAUUUUGAUGCUUUUAGGGUUAGUUUGUGUCUAUGCAUGAUUUGUUUUCUUCUAUAUAUAUAUAUAUUUUAUAUUACUUGUGUAAUUCAUUUAAUUUGUUGUUCUAUGAUUUGAAGAUUUGAUAUGUUCUUGUAAAAGGAAUAGAUCACCACUUAUAUCAAUCAAAAGGUUAUAGAUUGCAGUACAA